CGCACGUGACGUAGGAGCGGGGCUCGGAGUCGGCCCGGGAGUCAGUCGGCAGCGGCCGCGUCCUGCGGCGGCGCAAGGGCUAGCAGCAUGGGCAUUUGUCAUUUCCCGAGAAAACUUUGGAAUUAAAUGACUUGUUCCACUGCCAACAUCCCGAGUUAUCCUUAACCAGCCAGUGAAAUCUGUAUCUGUGCAGCUGGGGCAGACCUUUUCUAAUGCAAUGGGAACUAUGCCGUGAGGACUGGUAAGACUUGGCCAUAGCCAUGACAGAGCCCCACAGGGUUUCGUUCACCACUCUUCACGGUCCAUUGAGCAGCAGCUUCUUGAAAAGGUCUCGGAAGGAUGAUGGAGAGCAGCCCCAGGACUCUGAACCAGCUGCAACAGCCGUUCGCAUCACACUUACUCUCUUUGAGCCGGAUCACAAACGUUGUCCAGAAUUUUUUUACCCAGAUCUUCUGAAGAGUUGUCGUGGGAAAGUAAAAGGUGGUUCUUCAGGAGACAAGAAGAAAGACCCUGCUGAUCCCUUUAACGAUGAUGAAAAGGAAAGGCAUAAAGUGGAGGCUCUUGCUAGGAAGUUUGAAGAAAAAUAUGGUGGCAAGAGACGUAGAAAGGACCGUAUUCAGGACUUGAUUGAUAUGGGGUAUGGAUACGACGAAUCUGACUCCUUCAUUGAUAAUUCUGAAGCAUACGAUGAGCUUGUUCCGGCUUCUCUUACUACAAAGUAUGGAGGGUUUUACAUCAACUCAGGAACACUGCAGUUUCGGCAAGCGUCUGAAUCUGAAGAUGACUAUGUUAAAGAGAAAAAGAAGAAGUGUCCCAAGAAGCGGAAGUUGAAAGAUGGAGGUGAAAAAAUGAAGAAGAAGAAGAAAGAUGAUUCUUAUGACAAGGAGAAGAAAUCCAAAAAGUCCAAGUUUCCAAAAGCUGGUUUUACAGCAUUAAAUGCAAGUAAGGAGAAGAAGAAGAAGAAAUACUCUGGCGCUCUUAGUGUCAAGGAGAUGCUGAAGAAGUUUCAGAAGGAGAAGGAUGCUCAGAAGAAAAAAGAUGAAGAGCAGAAAGUGGAGACUCCUUCACUGGCAGAACCUCCAGCCCCAAGGGAGGUGGAGGCGAUGCCUGACCCUUUGCUCUCACUCUUCGGCCAUGCCAGUGAUAACGACCUGCUUCAGGCAGCGACGGCUAUGGACUCGUUAACUGACCUAGACCUGGAGCGGCUCCUCAGUGAAUCCCCAGAAGGGAGCCCCUUUCCUGAUGUGGAGGAUGGGAGCGAUCCUAUUGGGAUGGGCUUGGAGCAGGAUUUCAAGCAACCGCCAUCCCUCCCGGAAGGCCUGCCAGCUCCUUUGGAGAAACGCAUCAAAGAACUGGCUCAGGCUGCCAGAGCUGCAGAGGGAGAAGGCAAACAGAGAUUCUUCACUCAGGAUAUCAACAAUAUCAUACUGGACAUAGAGCUGCAGACUCGGGAGCUGAACAGCCAGAUCCGGUCAGGGGUGUACGCCCACCUGGCUGCUUUCUUCCCAUGCAGUAAGGACACUCUGGUCAAGCGUGCCCGUAAGCUUUAUCUCUACGAGCAGGGUGGCCGCUUGAAGGAACCUCUACAGAAGCUAAAGGAAGCCAUUGGAAGGGCCAUGCCAGAGCAGAUGGCCAAGUACCAGGAGGAGUGCCAAGCCCAUACUCAGGCCAAGUUUGCCAAGAUGCUGGAAGAGGAAAAGGACAAAGAGCAGCGAGAUCGAGUUUGUUCUGAUGAUGAUGAGGAUGAAGAAAAGGGAGGGAAGCGUGUCAUGGGACCGCGAAAGAAAUUUCAAUGGAAUGAUGAAAUCAGGGAGCUGCUUUGCCACUUGGUGAAGAUUAAGUUGGAUGGUUAUGACCUUGACAAGAAUAAGGCUCAGUCCCUAGAGGAUUAUGUGAAGACCUUCCUAGAUGGAGAGGUGAAGCCCCUUUGGCCAAAAGGCUGGAUGCAGGCCAGGACACUGUUUAAGGAGAGCAGGCGUGUACAUGGACACCUCACAUCAGUCCUGGCGAAGAAGAAAGUUAUAGCUCCUACUAAGGUGAAAGUGAAGGAAUCUUCCUGCAAGCCUGAUAAAAAGAUGUCCGUUUCUGUUCCUUCGAUGCACUCAAGCAGCACCUUAGCUUUGUCUUCAGAGCCCCAGGGUGGAGCUCUGGGCAUCAGUGCCCAAACCAGAGAACUCUUGUCCCUUGGGACAGCCCAAGCAGCCAGCAGCACUGGCACUUCUGCUACCUUCAUGGAUGACUCCUUGGAUGAGGACUUAAUUCAUAAUCCCACUUCCUCCCUUGAAGCAGUCUCUAAGGAACUGGCUGUGCUGAACAGCAGAGCGGGAGGGAGCCCUGACUUUACUCUUCCUGGAGCUCCAAAAGCUCCACCAGAGAAGAUCCCAACUCUUGCAUCCUCAGAGGAGAAGAGGACAUUUCCAAAGUCCAACCCUUCCCCUACAUCAUCCUCUGGUUCCCUCCAGUCUCCUCUAAAUUUCCUGGCUGAGCAGGCCCUGGCAUUGGGCCAGUCUUCUCAAGACAAAAAGACAGAGAACUCUAAUUACAAAGAGCUCUCCUGCCAAGCCUCCCCCAGCAAAAUCCUUCCUGAUGCACACCAGACUAAACAGAAACACCACAGCCUGGUCCGGCCAAGCCAUGGGCCUCAGACCUCCACCUCAGUGCCGGGUUCUCAGGUGAAGGUCUUUCACUCAGGCAGCCAGCUACAGAAAACUUUCACCUCCCCAGCUCCAUUUGUCAAACUGCAGAAUCCCAAGUCCUCCUCCCCACUGCCCCAACGCUCCCUCCUCCAGCAGGUCAAGUCAUCAACCAAAGCUCAGAGCUUCCAUUCAUCUGCAUCACCAGGCAGCACCCAAAACUCCAGCAGCUCCCACAAGAGCCCAGGCUCAUCCUCAUCAUCUCUCAGCUACACAGGAAAGCACUCAAGUGGCUCUAGCUCUUCAGGACAAUCUUACAAGUCACCCUUCGUUUCUGGUACCCUCUCCAAGCAUGGGGCUUCUUCCAGCAGCUCCUCAUCCGGAGCUUCUGCAAACCAGGGCUGCUCCUCUGGGAGCUUGCUGCCCAGUGUGCAGACCCCUUCCUCGGGCCAGGCGUCCAGCCGCCCGUCCUCAAGCUCCUCAGUGAAGAAGACGCCUGUUUCGCAGAAGCUGACUCUGGUGGCACCUCCUGGAGGUUCAAAUGGAGAUUCUAGUGGGGGCACUCAAGGGGUGGCCAAAUUGCUGACCUCCUCCCUAAAGCCAGCUGUUGUUAGCAGCACCGCAUCUUCUACCUCUGUGCCGAAAGGAACUAGUGGAGCUGUGCUGCUAACAAGUUCUUCCUCCUUAAGUGUACUGGCUCCAUCCUACAAGUCCAGCAAUCCAAAACUGCCAGCUGCCCUGAGCUCCACCCCGUUAGGUAUUAUCUCUCCUAUUCAUUCCUUCCCUCUUCAUGUCAUCUCCUUCAGUUCAGACUCCUCCCCAAAAGCAGGAGUAUCAAAGGAUGCAAUAGUUACGGGACCUGCUCCAGGAACUUUCCACCAUGGCCUUGGCCACAGUCUUCUAGCUGGCUUGCACUCCAGCCCCCACCAUGCAGCGCCACUCCCACAUUCUGCCCUGUCCACUCAUUUACCGCAAAGUUUGCCAGAUGCUUCUCAGCUUCACGGCAAAGGGUCCAAUGCACAGCAGCGCAAGUUGUGACGUCUGCAAGGAGGGGAGCUAGAGCACACAUAGGAUAAAACCAAGAUGAACAGGUCAUGAACUUUGGAUACCGGCUGUGUCUUUUUUUUUUUUCCUUUUUUCCUCACAACAACUGGAGAGACUGAACCGCAAUGAGGAACUCAUUGGUGCGUUUGCUCAGAGGCUUUUGGAGCUAAGCCCCACACAAAGGGCCACCUUGAGCCAUGCCCUAAUGAGAGAAGCAUUUUGUAGCACUGUUUUAUUGCUGCUGCCCUUCACGCAUUCCCUGGCACUGGCAGGAGCUAGAACUUGCAGGGAGACUUGGGUGGAUUGGCUUUCUUGCAGUGGAUUCCCACCCACCUCUGUCUAUAUCUGCCAAGUACCUCCAAGUCCAGGUACCUCCUUGGUCUCCCAGUGGAGGGUAUGAAAGGUGCUUCUUUCUUCUGCUUUGGAUUUACUUGGAUAAUUCUAGCACUGCCAGUGCUUUCUGAAGAUGUUUGACUAACUUUUCAAUUGUACUAUAUAACUGUGCUACAGUUAAUUGGAGGACUUAACAUUUCCUGUGUGGUGAAUCUAACGAACCACCUGAUGUUCCCCUCUGGAGGAGAAGGAAGACUCUUUAGAGAGACAUUUUAGAUGCAGUCAUUGACUUUGAGAAUUCUACUUCUUUUGGGUUUUGGAUUUUUUUUUUUUUGCCUCCAAAGGGAUGCUUUUUUCCUGCUCAGUUUUAUCCUUAUUACCAUCGAAUGCAUUGGAUUGAAUGGGACACUUCUCAGCAUGUCACAUGUAUAGGAAGACAUAAUUCCAGUGCCUUUUAUGGUGGAGCAAGAAUGGACUAGUGACACACAUUUCAGCCCUAUUUUGUGUGCUCCUCAACCCUUUUUUAAUCAUUCUGUAUUUAAAAUGUAUUCUGUUUUAUUUAAUAGAGCUUUUUAUGGUUGCACAUCAAAAAAAAGCUGCACUGUCUGGACUUCAAUGGUGUCUUGGUGACUGCGAACACAGUACCAAAUCCAGCAAGAGCACCAGUUCUUAUUCGAGUUUGUGCAAGCGGGUUCCAGACCCUCCCCUAAAGCCAUUCUUUCCUAGGGUCGUCAGUUAUGAUCUCUUUGGUGGGCAGAGGGAAUGAUCUAGAUUAACCAAGGUCACUACUAGUCAAAUGAAUUCCAGAGAAUAAUAUUGCUCUCCUCGAUGAUUUCUGCACUAGGAUCAUGUGCUUGUCACAGCUGCAGAAAUGGGGACCAUCUAGAAUUGGGGUGUGUCUUUUCUUUUUAAUUUUUUAACUCUUAGACAUAAAUACUUUUCCUGAGCACACCCUUUCAAUCUGUGCAUAGUUAAGGGCAGGCUGUGGUUCCGACUGAGGUUUAUGGGUUUUGAUUUUCUGCUCUUCCCCCAGUCUGCCUUUUCUCAGGCCCCCACAGCCACAUCUGAAUUGUGCAGUAGUAGCGCUGAUCCUCAUAGACUUUACUGGUAUUUCAAGCAAAAGCUUGCAGCCUUCCUUCUUGAACUUUGGGGAAGGAUGCUGACACUGAGUAUACCAGCAAAUAUCUGCUUUAGUUUUCCCCAUUUUUGGUAAGAUCCAAGAUGGACUGUUUUCAAUUUGAGCUGAUACAUAAUUUCCCAAGAUCAGUGCAUUGUUUGUAUUUAACAAAAAAAAAAAAUGCAGCUCAGAUUCAAAAUUUGUUUACAGAAAAUACCUAGGUUGUAGCAAAAGAGCCAAAGACAGAACUUGUGUUAUUAAAACUAAGCACAGCAGUUAUUGAUGGACUCUGAGCAGUGGACGUCGCAUGGUUCCCGUUGAAGGCCUAAUCCUGAGAGGUACUUUGCACCUUCAACUUCCCAUGGUAGCUGAAAGAGCAUUCAAACACCUGGCAGGAUAGGGACUCUCAGCGAGUGACUCGAGGUACUGGUUCUACUCCCUCUCUUUGCUUUCACUUGAAUGCUUCUGCUGGGAGGCACCUGUGUGCGUGGCCAGAGCAGAAUGCCCUCUUUCUAGGAAUUUAGCGAAGCCUCUUGCCUCAGGGAAAUGUUUAUUUGGUGGAAAUUCUGUGGGAUAUUUUUUCUUUACAUGCUAUAAUGAAUGAGUGAAUGGUAUGGAGCAGAGUCGCAGCAAGGCAGAACCACGCAGAGACCCGACAGCUGAUGGGGAGCCAGGAGUCUGGCAUCUCUGCCUUGACGAGGCAACUUGCAACGCUUUCGUGAUGGUGUGGGGAGGCGAGGCUCCCAUGGCACUUACUUAGUAUGGCAGUUCCUUUCGGGUGUAAGAGCUGCGGUUUACUAUUAUAUUUUUUUUGUGUGUGUUGGGACUGUCUUGCUGAAGAUGGUGGGGGUGGUAUGAAAACUGUUAAUCUUGUACAGAACAACUGAAUAAAUUGUUUCAAAGUUUCCAAAAUG